AUGUCGACCGAAACAAGAAGGAUUCCCUCAGCCAAUUUCGCAACUACCGAUAAGAAUAUGGCUACAGUUAAAAAGCCUGAGUCGAAGACCAAUUCAUUAGGAUACGUUCUUGAAAUGAAACUCCCAAGAGAGUAUGCGGAGUUCGAAUAUAGAGAAAAAUCAGUUUUGUGGAAGAAUUCACGAAGAACCGUUAUGUGGCUACUUGAAAUUGAUACUGCCAGGUACUAUUCUAUCCCAAUGGAAGAAGUGAAUCUGGAGGUGAUCAGAUGUCGUUUCCUUAUUAGCCAAGGCCCCCAUAUGUUUGAAGAUUGUUACUGUGAAUGGUGUGCCGGAACACUAGAGACGAGAGAGCAAGGCAGUGAACCGGCGAGAAAGAAGCCUGGCUCAAAUUGGGUAGCACAGCGAGUUUUGAAAGAAGCUAUCUACAAGUCAGACUCAUACUUGAACUCGAAACCGAAAAUGAAUCGGACCAAUGCGACAAAGGAGGAGAAACUCUUCGAGGAGCAAGAUGAAUUGCGCAUCAUCGUUGAAAAGCUAAAGGAAAAGAUACGAAAUCAAAGUUCUAUCGAAGUUUCGUGCGACGAAAGCUUGAUUCAGCCUUCGGCAUCUAACAAAACCGACAGAACACCACUCCCACCGUCGCCAAUCAAGUCCUCAACUUCCAAAGAAUGUGGAGAACCACCACUACUACCAGUCCCAGUGCUUGCGGCGCGCUUUUCGAAAAAUAGUCGGGUACAAAAGGCUUUGCUCGCUCGCAAUAGAAGGCUUCAACGCCACGGGAUCACAAUAAGUGUUCGCUUGGCCACUGCAACAGAGAAGUUAUUGAAAUACAGAUGCCGGAAAUUUAGCCCACUUCGAUGGUCGCAAGAAUAUGCUGAGUCACAUGUAUCCUGA